GCCGCCUCACCCCGCCCCGCCCCCUCCGCAUAAGCGGCGCCGCGUGAGGCGCGCGGCCUCUUUGGCAGCAAGAUGGCGGACACGCAGACUGAGCGAGCUUACCAGAAGCAGCCCACAAUCUUCCAGAACAAAAAGCGGGUGCUGCUGGGUGAGGGCGGCAAGGAGAAGCUACCCCGCUACUACAAAAACAUCGGUCUUGGCUUUAAGACUCCCAAGGAGGCUAUUGAGGGCACCUAUAUCGACAAGAAGUGUCCCUUCACCGGUAAUGUCUCUAUUCGUGGCCGAAUCUUGUCAGGUGUUGUUACCAAGAUGAAGAUGCAACGCACCAUUGUCAUCCGCAGGGAUUACUUGCAUUACAUCCGCAAGUACAACCGUUUUGAAAAGCGCCAUAAGAACAUGUCUGUGCAUCUCUCCCCCUGUUUCAGGGAUGUCCAGAUUGGGGAUAUUGUCACUGUGGGAGAGUGUCGUCCCCUCAGCAAGACUGUCCGAUUCAAUGUCCUCAAAGUCACAAAGGCUGCUGGUACCAAGAAGCAGUUCCAGAAGUUUUAAAAACAACAUAUGGAAGAUAAUUAGGACAAAUAAAACAUUUUGUAAAAAUGUA